CGCGCCAUAGCGCGUUAUUGCUGCGUUCCUGAUUGCUCGCGCUUCUUCUAGAGCCGUCGGACGGGUGGAGACUACUCUGCGAUGGCCAAACGCUGCCGUCAUUGCCGACUGGGAACACAGCGUAGUCCUGGACGCCCCGAGGAACAAGCGCGUCCGGACGGCGUCGUAGGUCGCCCAGCCAUGGAGCCGCGCAACCAACCGGCGAACACGGGCCUGCUCCAGCCUGCGGGCGCCGCGAACGGCAUCGACGAUCCGGGCGACAUCCCCUGCUGGGCUGCCGUUCCCCUGCAGCAGGGCUCAGUGGUGAGCGACGUGCUCCAAGAUCUUCGCUACUGGGGGUUACAGCGCCGCUUGGAAGAACGCAGCCAGGGUGGGAGGCGUGGCGACCCGGCGCCCAUCGACCAAGACGCGCACUACGGGCUCCAGGACGGCCUCCUUGGAGUGAUGGUAACGAGCUACGGCACGGUGACCAUCUUGCUGAGGCACUCCGUCUGCGUCGACAUCUCGGCAGACCGUGCCAUCAGACUUGUCAACAUGAACGGCAACUAUACAGCCGCCAUGAGCUGGUCGGGCGCCCGCCGCUGCGUCUGCCAUCCCUGCGGUCGAGUGCUCCAGCAAGGCAGCAACGUCGACUUGGCCAUCGGAAGCAGGUUGGGCAAAAUCUCGUACCGCGGUGUCACUUUCUCUGCUUUCAACCAUGGGCUCGUGUACCUGGUGGACGAAGCGGGCACCAAGUCGACUACAGAGAGGUUUCACAACCUUUGUUACGACGUGGCCUUGCAUGUUUUCUAUCCUGAGUCGGAGCCAGACAUGGAGACUAUGGAGCAGUGCUUCGACAUGGCCAGCAAGGCGGUCGAGAUAGCGGCGCCAAACGGCGACCGCAUCUGGUUCGUCGAUGACGUGAGGAUAAGGCAGACGCCGUGGGGUGAUGUCCAGGUGACUCGCGAGACGGACAGCGCGAUGAUCUGGACGUCGCCCUCUGCGGGAACUGUGUCGGUGACUGGGCCCUGCUUCAAGACCAUCGUUAGCCCCGACCCGACACAGUUCUUAAGCGUCCGGAUGGGCCACAAGAAACUGGUUGCGAGUGCGCAAGGGCUCACCGUGAGAAAUGGCAGUCAACGGGCAGGGCUCGACUACCUGGGCCGCCUGUUUCUUCCCCGCUAGUGUAAUCUCAAGAGAGUCCAACAACGACUGCUUCUCCAAUCA